CUUCUGGCGCUCAUAUGACCUUAUGCAGUUGCGAGCGCCGUAAAACCUCUACUAAAACGAAGUCAUCUGUUCUUCAUUGUUCUCUGUCCUUUCUAUAGUGGGACCUUGUGUGUGAUAUGAGCUGGGUCAAGCCAACCACAACGUCUGUACAGAUGGGCGGCAUCUUGCUCGGUGCCCUGGUGGCAGGCUGGACAAGUGACCGGUUCGGGCGAAAGAAGUCCCUGUACUCGUUCUCUCUAGAGCAUCUCAUAUUCAACCUUGUAGCAGCCUUCUCGGUGAACUGGGAAAUGUUUGCUGUGUGUCGCUUCUUUAUUGGCAUAGGACUUGGUGGCAUAAUGGUGGUGACAUUCCCCUACAUGGUAGAGUUUGUGCCCACAAAGUGGAGAGCGAUGUUGGGCCUCAUGCCUUUCACAGCUCUGAACAUGGGUAUCUAUACAGCGGCAGCGAUCCUGCUCGACAACUGGUCCCAUCUGCACAUCGCCUGCGCUGCAUUCUCUAGUCCCUUUUUUAUAGGAUGGUUCUUCGUGCCAGAAAGUAUCCGCUGGCUGACUGUGACAGGCCGAGUGGACGAGGCUGAGGCAGUUGUCCAGCAGCUGGCCAGGGUCAACAAGAGGUCACUGCCAGAGAAGACCAGGUCCACUCUCCAGAGAAUCGCUGACCAGGAGAAAGAGUCGAGGGAGUCCGGAAAGAAGCACACGUACCUUCAUUUGGUCCGGGAUUGGUCAGUUGCCAAACUGACCAUCAUCCUGUGUUUGGACUGGACAGCAAAGUCCUGGAGUCGUACAUCGCCAUUACAGCACUGACCACCAUCAUCCUGUCUAGCCUGUUGAUUCUGCCGGAGACAAAGGACAAGUCUCUCGCCGACAGCCAACACGCCGCGGUGCUACAGCGCUCCUCGGGAAAAGACCAUAGUGACGACGUUAUUGGUCUGGGUCUACACCAGAUGAGCGGGGAGGACAACCGCACGUUCUCCGGAGAAAACAUUUUUACCGUCAACAAUUACUUGCCGAGUUUGAAUGGGAAGUCAGAGAGCUUCACAACUGGGUUGAAAGAAACAGACAACAUAUCUUGAAUAUACA